GUCGUUCACAGGAAGUUGGUCUGCUCCGCGCUACUUCCGCCCGCGAGCCGGAACAGUAGCGUGAAUAAAUGAAUGUAGUGCAGCUGCAAAUGAAACUGUAUUUUAUCGUUUACUGUCUCUAGGUGAUGCAGAGCUAGUGUCUCACUCAUUCUCAGGUGUGUUGGAGAAGAGCAGUAGGUGGUCAUCAUGGGUCUGUUGUCUGACCCCAACCGCAGGAAAGCCCUGACCGGCCUCCUGACCCGCCUCAACACACCCAUAUGUGUUGUGUGCUUCCUGGCGGCUGUGGUGUGGUUCAUGGGCCUGGCGUUCGAGCCCUUCACGCUGCGCUCGUACAUGUCUGAGAACGCCAUGGGCUCCACCAUGGUAGAGGAGCGCUUCUCCUCCGGGGAGCGAGCGCUGGCCCUCGCCAAGGAGUUCGGCGCGCACAAGAGGAAGGCCGGGGGGAUGCCGGUGGACUGGUUAGUUAAAGCCAUGAGAUCCAGAGGACUGGAGGUGUUCACCCAGAGCUUCUCCCGCAAGCUGCCCUUCCCCGACGAGAACAAAGAAAGAUAUAUGGUUCGAGGCACGAAUGUGUACGGGAUCCUGCGAGCUCCUCGCGCUCCUCGGACCGAGGCUCUGGUCAUCACUGCCCCCUGCAGUCCUGGAGACAGCAACAACCAGGCGGUCGCUCUUCUGCUGGCUCUCGCGCAGUAUUUCAGGAACCAGGUUUACUGGGCCAAGGACAUCAUAUUCUUGGUGAAUGAGCACGAUCUGAUCGGCACGCAGGCCUGGCUCGAAGGCUACCACCACACAAACAUCACAGGAAUGGAGUACUCGCCGCUGCAGGGUCGCGCGGGGUCAAUUCAAGCCGCCCUCUCAUUGGAGCUCAGCAGUGAUGUCAUCACCAGCCUGGACCUGGUCCUAGAAGGACUCAACGGUCAGCUGCCCAACCUGGACCUGGCCAACCUCUUCUAUGCCUUCUGUCAGAAGUUAGGAGUCCUGUGCACCAUUCAGGGAAAGCUCCAGAGGAAUGACUGGGACACGGCUGAGGGCUACACUCACGCGGCGCAGACCAUGAUGCUGAUGGUGUUGAAGCAAGCUUGUGGACGGUCCUGGGGAGACCACGGCCUCUUCCUCCGCUAUCACAUCGAAGCCGCUUCCAUUCGAGGCAUCAACAGUUUCAGACACUACAAGACGGACAUCACCACCAUUGGCAGGUUGCUGGAGGGAAUGGUCCGUAAGCUCAACAAUCUCCUGGAGCGUCUUCAUCAGUCGUAUUUCUUCUACCUCUUGCCCUCUCUCUCUCGGUUUGUCUCCAUUGGCUACUAUAUGCCAGCUUUCGGCCUCCUGGCUGUCAUCUUACUGCUUCGAGCGCUGGAUCUGUGGGUUCAUCUGGGAGCACCAGCUCUCACAGCAGUGGAUGGAGUCACUGAAGCAGAGCAGCCAUCCAGUCCGGGUGUGCUGACCGUGUUGACCCCGCUGGUCAUCAGUCACCUGACAGGUGUGGCGCUGUAUCUGCUUCCUGUUCAUCUGCAGGAAAUGGCUGUGGAGCACUUCCCUGUGUCUGAGACUGAAGCUGUGGUGCUCACUGCUAUAGCCAUCUACACCGCAGGCCUGGCCCUGCCACACAACACACAGCGGCUGCUGUCUGGAGAGGGCACGGAGCAGGGCUGGAAAGUGCUGAAGCUCACAGCUUUGCUCUAUCUAGCGGUGCUGUUGGGCUGCACAGCUCUCAUUAACUUCUCUCUGGGGUUCAUCCUGGCCAUUACACUGGUGCCGAUCACUGCCAGCAUCACGCCGCACAUGCCCAAAGCUCUGAGCGCUGUGGUCAUGGUGCUGCUCAGCCCUGCCUUCACCAUCCUCUACUGCGUCUUCAUCUACCAGGAGCUCAUCGAAGCCCCCGUCAGCAUCGGAGAGGGAUGGAUGCUCUUCCUCUCGGUCAUCUCGCAGGGCAUUCUUGAUCACGCUCUCUACGGCUCGCUCGUAUAUCCACUCCUAGCCCUUUUCAUCUAUCCCUGCUGGCUGAUGUUCUGGAACAUUCUCUUCUGGAAUUAACCUCAAGCAGCUUCAGGUGGAGCGCUUUUUAAAACGAACCCCACUUUGUGCCAAUCGUGAAGAGUUAUCUGCUGUUAGGGAUUGGCAGGAGGAAGAUCUCGGAGGAUAAAGAGGAUUUAAUGGUGUGGAAUCAAUGAUAAGAGUACUUUGGUGUUUCAGUUUUGGGGAAGGGAUUUGCAUGAAGACGUGUGAAAGCAAAAAAUGUCCAAUUCAUUAGAAAAUAAAUCUAAUAUUGCUACCACAUGUGUGGACAUAAUGGUUCUGGGUUUUUUUACCUUAUAAUGGAAAAGGCUUUCCAUUGUUUGACAUUUUUGAAACUGGAAGCUUAUAUUUAAUAUGGUUUGAUACUGAAAAUUGUACAAAAGGAUUGUUAGCUUGUUAAUUCAAGUGAAGCUCUUGUAAUUUAAUUCUCUGUGCAUGUUACAAAAGCCAGAAACGAGAUGAAAACUCAACCGAACAGAGUUUCCAAGACUUAUCUUCUUCAAUGCAUUAUAUCAAAUUUAAUUUGUUUCAGGCAACACUGGAUUUAGGUCUUUGAGUACUAAAUGUAAUAAAAAAUCUUUGUGUGCAUUUAUAAUAAGCCUUCCCACAUCUCAAGUGUUAAUAAAUGGGUAAUAUUAAUACAAUUUUAAAAAGCUUAGUAAAACAGCAGUAAAUUUGACCCGUUGUGGGAGGAAAGAUCAGUCAAGCCACUAAUGAGAAGCUCCAUUGUAUGAUGUUACAGCCUGUUAGUUGGUCAUUAAUGAACAAGAACUGUCCAUGUUAUGAGAUGUAAUGGAAAUAUUACUAAUUCUGAUCAAUAAACAGUGUUUGGAUCAAGUAA